AUGGCACCAACUUCAAGAAACCAGCGCCAACAGUCAAGAGCAUCUUUUCAUCCAUCCAAUGACACCGCAACUUACCGUGAUCUUCUGCUUUUCGAAGAGCGCCUCAAAACCAACGCUGCUCAGCUUCAACGCCGAAAGUCUAGGUAUCAACUGUUUUUAUUCCAUCUUCUGAUAGCUAUUGCGUUCCUACUCUCCGAAGUCCUUCUUCAAACAUCCUUUCUAGACAUACCAUACACGAACCUACUCCGCAAAGUACUUCCAGAUGUCUACGGUGGUGCUGAGAACCUAAAGCCUCACCCAUACUUUGCAUCAGGGCUCCUCUUCGUACUUGUAACUGCCCUACUCCUUUUCUUUGCAAGCGGCAUGUAUGUUGAGAAAAUUGCAUAUGCAAAUAGAUAUGUUCCUCAUGCGAAUAAAGCCCUUCGAAAUUUCAACAUGUACUUGAAUGUCCGACGUCCCCCCCUCCGCUCAACAUUCUCCAUCAGCCCCUUUUCUUUCAUUUUCCAUCGACCUACCCAGUCGCAAGCACCCUCCCCAACACCACGCCCAUCCAAUGCACCAGCUCCCAUGGCUCCUAUACCGCCCGCAAACAGUCCACGCGGUGAACUCAUUUUUUCUUCGCGCGUUGACCGGGGCUUCAGAGAGAGCUACGAGAGAUAUCGAGCUGCAUUUGAAAGAAAGCGAGAUGGACGAGAGAGGGAUGAAAGAGGGAAGACAUGGACAGGACGGAUUGCGAACAAGAUGCCGUGGAAUCAGCCGCCUACUUUAGCCGCCCCUUCACGGACCGCGUCUGGUCGCGGGCGGGGUAGCGUUGUCGGUACUCCGUUGGGGUCCAGGAGAUCAAGUCCUAUGCCGAGGCCAGGGACAAGAGAUACUCUUGCUGUGAGGGCUAAUGAUUAA